CUACUGUAUGUUGGUUGAUAAGAAGGAAGGAGAUAAGAAAAAAUAAUUUCAAUGGCUUCUUCCUUAUCCAUCUCCGUUGCAGCUUCGGCUUCGUCGCGUUUAUGUCAUCCUUCUUCAUCAACCGGGAAGAUUGGCGUCCCUUCCGCUUCGCUUUCUCUCAGCACGGGCUCGAGACGGGCUCCGUUUUCUCUCAGCUCUUCGACAUCAGCUUCUUCUCAGCUGCUCCAUUGCUCGUUUCUCUCUUCAUCUCUUUCCCUCGCAUCUUCAUUUUCUGGUUUGUCGGUUGCGUUUGAUCUCAGCAGUGGAGCCAGUGGCGGCCUGAACAGCCAGAAACGAAGAGGCCUUGUGGUGAGAGCUGGAAAAGCUGCUCUGUGUCAAACGAAGAGGAGCAGGUCAAGAAAGUCUCUGGCUAGGACUCAUGGUUUCCGUUUGAGGAUGAGAACCACUAGCGGUAGAGCCACCAUCAAGCGCCGGCGUGCAAAGGGUCGUUGGAAUCUCUGCCCUAAGUCCAACCCUAGCAGCGGCAAACGGGCUUGAAGCUCGUCUCUCUCCUCUCUCUAUCUGUAAUCUUGUUUGAUAUGCUCUUUUCUGCUUUUAACUCUUUUAUGUAUUCUUGAUUCGGUAUACUAUCACAUUGCGCCUUGUUGAAUUUGAAUCUAUUCGAAAGCUGAA